UUCGUUCCUAAUGAAUUUUGCUGUUGUGAUUGUGUGUGAUGCUAGAAUACAUAAUUUAUUUUAUGGACGUUAGAAUGUGUUUGUCAAUGUCGAGUGUUUAUUGAUAUUUAUACCAAAAAGGUUAAAUUAAAUUGAAGUAAUUACUAAUUAGUCACAAUAUGAAAUACGAAAAUAGUCUUGCGUAGUGGAUUACCAGUUUUAUUAUGUACGCAAAUAGUUUCAAACUGCUUCAAGAUGAUGUAGUCCUUUGCAUCUACCAUGGGAAAAGAGUGAAAAAGUGCAGAUAAUUCAACUUCUACAAUGGAUGUGCAUCCCGAAUAUGUCGAAACAGCUAAAUCUAUCCUAUCUUUCGGCAAUCGAAGUUACUUCAAAGCAGAGGAUAGUGGAUACCACACGUCGUUUACACCGGAUCAUUCAGGAUUAUCGAGUGGAUUUCUUGAUCAAUCUGUUGUAACAACAGCUUUUAUUGAUGAAAUACAAGUAGAUUAUGUUAGCCCGGAAACUACUUACAGGUACAACCAAUUAAAACCCCGAAAUGACAAUUCAGAAACUCCACCGCCAAGGCGGGCUGUCAAACGACCCUAUUCAAGUGUCGAGUCUGUUAAACAGACAAUACCAACUCCCACAACAUGGAUUGCAGGGAAGAUUCAGAGUUUGGAAGUGAGUGAAGAUAAAGAGAAUUCUACGAUAUCCUUACCAACAGACGGCUCUCAUAGUAGUGGAAACACAAGAUUAAUUUAUAGAUUAAACAUAUGUGAACAAAAGUUUUCAUAUCCAAUAACACCCAUCAAGAGGAACUGUAAACUAAGUCCUUGUAGAAAAUCUGGCAGAAAGCUAGACUUUGUAAUACAUUCCCUAUCAUGUGAUAAGCAUGAACUAGAGCCAGUACGUAAAGAAGUAUCACAAACUAAAAUAGGAAAUACACAACCUAUUCUAGCCAGACCUGACCAAAAAAUAGAUAUAUUAGGAUUGUUAAACCAGAAAUGUGCCAUACCUCCGUUAAAAAAUAUAUUUAAAUAUCUGAGUAAUGAUGAUAUUUGUAACUUCUGUUCUGUGAGUAGUACAUGGAAUGACAUUUGGAACUUGCACAACAACGAUCAAAAGAAGCAAGAGAUACGUAAUCAUUUGAAAAAUGCUAAAGAAAAUCAAGAGAAUCGUUUAAAAGAUAUCAUUACUAGAAACAGGGCUACUAAGGAGUUUGAAGGUAGCCUUAGAGAAAUUCACAAUGAACUUCAUGAGUAUCCUAUGAACAGUACUCCGCUUAGUCCUCAGUUUUCACCAAGAACUAAUCGCUUCAGGAAAUUCAUCAAGUCUGCAUCCCUGGAUUCUCGCCUGCAGCUCUCAUGUGUAAGGUGUUCCCAUCCAGCAAAAGUGACAGAGGAACCUACAGGUGAAGAGUGGGUAGAGUGCACAAAUACUGCUUGCUCCUACCAAUUCUGCAGAGCCUGCAACUGCAGUAGGCAUCCAGGUAAGAGCUGUAAUCAGUAUGACCUAAAUGCACCAAGCCCCUCUAAAAGAAAGAAAUGUGAUUAUGCUGUUGGAACAAGAAAGAGCAGAAAGAACUUACGUAGACUUCUGUAAUCUGUUCUAUACAACUUGGUUUUAAAUUAGUGUUUUUUCUUUAAACUAUUAUUAGUGUAUGACAUUCCAUAAUUUGAAAUUGUUAAAAAGUAGAGAAACUAGAAUUAAUUUGAUUGAUCAAUUGAAAUUAUUUUGUACUUUUUAUACUUGAGAUUAAGGGGAUAGUACCCAUGUCUGAUUUUGUGCCAUUUUUAUCACUUUAUUGAAUUUAUUGUACAACACAAAGUCAGUAGAAAGUCUGUUUGGCAGUUUUAAAUAAGGUUCUUUUUACUAAGGAUUUCUACGGGUUUGCUUAUUUUAUAUUAUCCACAAAUUGUGGAUCAAGAUCUAAAUCAUUGCUCUCAAUGGCUUAUUACAGGCAGUCAUAAUAUUUUCUGAACCAAAGUACUACAAUUUCUUAUUGUUUUCGCUAAAUAUGAGAUGAUGCAAGUACCUAGUAUUUGAGUGUAACUUGUAAAAGUGUGUAACAUGUAGUUCUUCAUAGUUCUUUUUGUAAAGACAGUAGCUAAAUGUAAAAGUAAAUAGAUCACUAAAUCACGUCACUCAAUCAGUUUAUUGUGGAAACUAAGACUGCCUGUAGAAGUUUUCUGCAGAUUUUAUUCAAGGAAUAAAGUCUUCUAACAUUCGAAUAUUAAUUACUCAAAAGUAAGACUGUUUUUAAAUACAUCACUACUCCUAAUUAGUUAUAAUUAUUUCUGUAAUGUUAUGGAACUCUAGACAUGUACUGGAUAGUAUUUUUCACACAUGUGUCUUAUAAUUUGGGUGAAAUUGAAAUGUGUGAUAGUUACAGAUAGUACAUAAAUGCAAUUUCCAGUUAAGUUAAAUAAAAAACUUUUCUCUAAAUUCGCCAUCACCUUCGUUGGUUAUUUCGGUUUUAUCUCGGUCUGCGUUUCAUAGAACAGACGAUAAAUACAUCAAAAACUAAAGUAUUGCAUCAUUCCAAUUUUACCUAUGUGAAUCGGUAUUGUUUAAAAGACAUUUUAAAUGUUAUAAAAUGCUCCCUAGUCUUUUAAUAUAAGCAUGUUAUUCAUGUAUUAUAACAGAUCAAUGUAAAACAUCGAAGCUCAUGUGUAACUUUGCGAAAAAUUACUAACAUGUAAUAUAGUCUUUAAAAUGAAAGGUGAAAACAAAGGAUUUUGUAAUUUCACUUACCGCCUUACCAGUGCCUUAGUAGAGUCGAAGUCUCAUUUAAGUACUAAAUGUUACUCGAAUCAAUGACAUCUAUUUGGUACUAACUAAUGUCCUACUUACUAACUCACAGGCCACUAGGCACAGUCAAAAGUGGUUACAUUCUGUUUGAAGUCUGAAAAUUAUGUUUAGGAGUCUGAGGAUUACCAAGCGCCACUACACCACCUCUGACUGUGGCAAGUGGCCCUAAUGGCUCUUUACCUUUAUGUCAACUAGUGUUGUAGUGAUGUUAUUUCUAUAGUAACAUGAACAAACUUCUUAAUUUAUAAGAUAAGUAGAUGUUAAGUGUGUGUAGCUUUUAAUUGCUUUGUAAAUAAUGUAGUGUGCUGAACAUUGAAGUACGCCUGCUGAAAGUUAAACAUUCAAAAGUCGAAUUGAAAUGUUUCUUUAUAAAAAGACCCAAUGUUUUUAAGUUUAGUGUAGCUAUUUAUACCUUUUCCUCACAAAGGAACAAGGUAUAAAGGGACCAAGUGUGCACAAUUUAAUUUUAUUAUCAACAAUUCGUAAUACUCAAGAUUUAAUUUUAAAGUGUUGACGAUCUGUGUCAAUAGAUACUGAUUUUUUGGAAUUAUUAAUUUUAAAUUCAAAAAUUCAUGACAUGUAUUAGUAGUAUUCAUUUUAUUCUGUAAAUAGUGUUAUUACAAUUUAUGUAUUUGAUUGGUAAAUAAAAAACGUUUUAAAUACAA